AUGCAGUGCCACAUAAGCGCUCAGUCAUUGUACGGAUUUGUUGACUCAUCUGACACCUCAGCAACCACGCAGAUGCCACCUCUGCAUCCGUACUACAUGGAAAAUAUAGUCAAUACACCACCUCGCUGCCAUACGCACGCAACAACCCCACUGAACUCCAUAAAUAAUCCACCCCACCCAUCCUCAUCUUCCACUCACACUUCCAUUCAUUUCAAUUCUCAAUUUCUCUAUUGCAGCUCCUUUGAAGGUUCGAAUCGCUCUACAGAGCUGGCUAGUUUAAACCCAAUCCUGGAGAAGCAAAACGAGGAGACAAUUCAGCAGCUGUACGAUGCGCUUGGGUCAGGCGACGCAGAGACGGUGCAGAGCAUUUUGGCACCCGACCUUGAGUGGUGGUUCCACGGCCCCGCUGGCUGUGAAUAUCUCAUGCGCCUCCUCACCGGCCUUUCUGAUCACACCUGCCUUCCAUUUCUUCCGCAAACAAUCACCGGGGUUGGAGACAAGGUGUUUGUGGAAGGUCGUGUGAAUGAGUCCCUCUACUGGGUGCACGUCUGGAGUGUGGAGAAUGGGAUAGCUACACAACUUCGAGAGUAUUUCAAUACAUCUCUCACUGUCACUGAAUUUCGCCCCCCGCCUUCUUCUUCUCCUUCAACUUCUUCUUCCUCGCACAGAAGAUCAUGUGUUUGCAAUCUCCUCUGGCAGAGCGAGCUUAGCGAUUCUGACGGAGAAUCGUUGCCCGGCCUCGUCCUCGCCGUAUGAUAACAUCGUUUAUCAGUGCUCCGCCAUAGAUAAGUGAAGGAGAAAAGCUGUGUGUAUCUGUGUGUUUGUUUCCGAGAUGUAGCUUUUGUGGGUGUUUGUGCAACUUAGAAAUGUAACUCUUCGUGGGUUUGUGUCUUUACCUAGUCCUCUAUAACAGUGGACGUUCUAAUAUAGAAAUAAAGAUAUGUCUACGUAUGGGAAUGAGGCCUGUAUAGAAACACACAUCAUAUAAGUGACAUAGACUCCACUAGCGAGUGUAUGAUGGAUUGUAUAGGGUUAGGUUUGAAGAGCGUAUUUGAAUUGGUGGGUUCUAGUGGAAAAGCUAGUCUAAUUUUACAUGAGUUGUUUGAUCAAGUCAAAGUUUAGAGUGUGUCGUUUGUGUAAUUUUACAUGAGCAGUCUGAGCAAGUCAAAGUUUAAAGUGUGUUGUUUAAGCUAAACCUAUGAAUAGUGUGUGUAUGGUGGACUCGAACGUUAAUCUUGAAGCUUUUAUCUACUUUGGUUUUCCGUACGUAGUAAACUAUGUAUAUGUGAUCAAUGAAUUUCACAUUUGUGAAAGUGUUUUACAAAAAAAUGUA